AUCUUGGCUGUGGUUGUCUUUCAGUAAGAAGAGAAAACAUCAGUUUUUGAGACUGAAUUUAUUCUGGAUUGCAUCCAAUUUUCUUGGCAUAAUGAAAAGUCAUUUGCAGAUGGAGCGUAAACAACUAUUUCCCCCAGGUAUCUCAGAAUACAUUAUUGAUGGCAAAGUUGUCAUGAUGAAAUGUAAGCGUUUGUCGCAGCCGAUAACCAAUAGCAGGACGUCUUUUCCGAGCCACUCUUUCCUCUCCUCCUCUGAUCCCGCCUUACGGAGUGGGCUGGUGGCUGCAGUUGUCAUGGAAAUGCACGAAGUCCCUCAGCUCCAGAUUCGGUUACCAUGGAAAUGCCGCUAGGAGAUGCUGCUGCGGGUCUUCAGGAGAAGCGCGAGAUUAUUCAGCACCUUGGACAGCAGCGGUGCGUCGGUCCUCCUUUCUGCCAGACGCGAUACUAUAUGCUUAUUGUGAUUGGAGAAAUUGCAUCAGAUCAUCAGCUUGAUUCAGUGAAAGAACACAUUAAACAGGGGAUCCUGUCAUGGGACGUUGAUUUGACCAUUUGUGACUUGAAUAAGGAACUGAAGCUCUUUGAAGCAAGACACUCUGCCCAGUUCUCAUCAGAGGUGAAAG